GAGAGUCUGCCUGCUUCAUCAUCGCCCAGAGGAGGCCAAGCUGAGGAGGAAGAAGAGGGAAACAUGGCGUUCACAUUCGCGGCCUUUUGUUACAUGCUAGCGUUGCUGCUCACGGCGGCGCUCAUCUUCUUCGCCAUUUGGCACAUAAUCGCGUUUGAUGAGCUGAAGACGGACUACAAGAACCCCAUAGAUCAGUGCGACACUUUAAAUCCGCUGGUGCUCCCAGAGUAUCUCAUCCACUUCUUCUUCUGCGUCAUGUUCUUGUGUGCGGCCGAGUGGCUAACGCUCUGCCUCAACCUGCCGCUGCUGGCCUAUCACGUGUGGAGGUACACGAACAGACCCGUGAUGAGCGGUCCGGGACUUUACGACCCGACCACCAUCAUGAACGCCGACAUCCUGGCCUUCUGUCAGAAGGAAGGCUGGUGCAAGCUGGCCUUCUACCUCCUGUCCUUCUUCUACUAUCUCUACGGCAUGAUCUACGUCCUGGUGAGCUCAUAAAGCCGAGCAGGUCUGGAGGCACGGGGACACGUGGAUGUCAGUGCUGGACACGGCGGCGACUGCAGACCAUCGCCAAUCAGCAACAUUACGAAGACGCCAUCAUGAAUCCCGGGGGGUCUGCAGCGCUGGUUAAUCGCAACCGUCGUUCAACAUUUGAUGGACUUACCCUGAAAAGGACUGUUAGGCUUUUUUUUUUUCCCCCCUCCCGCUCCACAAUUUCCUCUUGUUUUCUUCUUAAUGGAGCUGAUGGUGGUGUUCAUGCUGGGGGUUCUGCUAGGUUGAUUACAAGCUGGUUAUGAGAGUUGUAUUAGCUAGUUCAGUAGAACAUGAGGACAAUUCAACCGCCAUCGCAUCAUUGCAGUGUUAAAGUAGUCCAAUUCAAAAAGUACACUAAACAAUCAACAGUGAUGUAUUCACUACAAAUACUGCCGCUUUGUUGUUGUUCAUUGUACUUUUUAUUUCUGUUGUAUUUUUACGUCCAACGCCAACUUAGAACUCCUGUGUUUGUUUUUCGGUUUAUGUGUCGUAUUUGUAAUGUUCUCACAGCAGCACUCCUCAAAAUUUCACCGAGUUCGGGGCGGUCAAACAUGUUUAUUGACAUAAUCAAGUGUACAUUGUGUCCAGAGAACAGGGUGAAGAUUUUAUUGUAUCACUUGAUCCCAAAGUGUCACCUCUAUAAGACUUGAGUUUGACUAAAUAAAACCAUUUAAGUUUG